CAGCUUUCUUGUAUUGAUUUCUUGAAGUUAAAUCAGCCCCGCUUUCCUCGAUUUCUCCCCAAAAACGAAUUAAAUACUUAAUUAAUUUAAAACUUUGAUCCGUGUUCACCAUGGCAGCAAAAAUCCAAGAAGCCCAGGAACAUUGUAAAGCGGCAGAAAAAUACCUUAAGACUUCUUUUCUUCGGUGGAAGCCAGACUUCGAUUCCGCGGCAGACGAAUAUAACCAAGCAGCUCAAUGCUACCGGAUCGCCCGGGACCUCAAGAACUCCAAAGAGUGCCACCUGAAGGCGUCAGAGAACUACAACAAGCACAAGGCGUUCUUCCACGCGGCCCGAGCGCUGGAGAACGCCAUACUCGUUAGCAAGGAGACCAGCUCUCCUGAAGAGGUGUACAACCUAGCGACAGAAGCAGCCAGCCUAUACCAGCAACAGGGUUCCGGUGACUCAGCGGCCGCGGCCCUAGACAAGGCGGCCAAAAUCAUAGAGGAGCGCUCGCCAGAACUCGCUUACAAACUCUUUGCUCAAGCGGCUGAUGUCUCUUCAGGGGAGAGCAGUCAACACGCUGGUGCAGAAUACAUCAGCAAGGCUUCCAGGCUUCUAGUCAAGUUGCAAUGGUACGACCAAGCCGUUGACAGUCUUCGAAGGGAAAUCGGUUUCCACCAAGAAAGUGGGAACAGCGGGGCAAUCGGGCGACUUACAGUGGCAGUAGUGCUAGUCCAACUGGCGAGAGGCGAUGCUGUAGCGGCUGAAAAAGCUUAUAAGGAAUGGGGCAACAACUGUGAAGUGGCGGAAAUGCAGACGAUAGAACAACUGCUAGCGGCGUACGACGAGGAAGAUAGGGAGUCCGCCAAGAGAGCCCUGAUGUCGCCUUUUAUAAGGAGCAUGGAUGUGGAGUACGCGAGGCUAGCGCAGUUGAUACCCCUGCCUGAAGCUUUGGAGCCCACGCCCAGCGCUGGGAUCCGCGAAAACGCCGCGCCAUCAUACGUCAGCCCUAACGCCGCUAACUAUGAGCGCGCGUCACCCGAAGGCGACAGUAGGCCAGACGCCUCAUACGACCCUCCGUCAGAUCCACCAGCAGAAGAAGAGGAACUCUGCUAAACACUUGAACCAGUACAGUCAACGCCACAAUAACUGUGUAAGGCCUGUGUUCACGCUCAUAUUGGGCGUGCGGCGUGCAUGUCAAACAAUUGAAGGUCGUACAACUGUCCUGAGUCGACGCUGCAUAGCGUGCACAAGGGCGAACCGAACGCUCCGAACGUCAACUAAGGAUACUUGUAUGAGCUUCAAUUGUUUGACAUGCACACCCAAUUUGAGCACGCACUCAGAACUUACACUUAACUCUCGCCUGUUGCACUUCUGUAGUGGCGCUGGCGCGACAGAGCCAAACUGCGUUUGGAUCGCCAGGUAGCGUCAGUCACAAUAGGCGAGACGACUAACAAAAACUAAUUAGUCCGUCAGUUAGAUUAUCAAAGAAUUUUAGACACGUAUUUUUUCUUUUUCCUCGUAAACGAAAAAUGACGACGGCACAGUUUGAAGUUUCGCGUGACGUCACGCCUAGGUACAAUUUUACUUAGAAUUGACGUCACAACCCCCGGAACUUUGAUGCUCUAUAUCUUUUUAUUUUUUCAUUAAUUAGAAAAAGCGAAAAAUAUGUGUUCAGUAUGUUUGGACGAUCUAACUGGCGGACUAAACAGAAUGCCAUUUUUUUAUGUAGUCGUCAUCCCUAUUGUCGCCGACUGGCUCAUAAAGCCUACAUGAGUUUUUGAUUAGACGUUCACCUUAUCCAUGCAACGAAUAUCGUUUUCCGUAAUGUCUACAAAUGUCUAGUAACGUGUUCUAAAACGGUACCACUCCCGUUUCAACAGUUGUCAACAUGACAGUUUUUUUCAAGUGUCAAUCCAUAAUAAUACCUUAUAUACGCAUUACGCUAUUUGACGCGUGAUUGUCGCUAGAUGUCAGUACAAAUAACCCGCAUUUACUGAUGUAUGGAGUUACAACUCUUUAUGCUUGUGAUAGACCUUUCUAAGGUUUAGAUAAAUGGAAUUUUUGACGUAACCAGUCAUCCAAAUACACUGUACAGUCACGGACUUUAAUUGUUGAUCCAGUUCCAGCUCAUUUUAUUCUGGACAUUUCAUUUCAUUUCAGUGUACUUGGGUGACUGACAAUAGGCUAGUUUCCUAUACUUAAAAUAAAACAUUAUAUGCAGUGCACGAAAUAAAGCACCACAUAAUUAGAAGAAGUACA